AUGAAUUGGUUGAAAUUUAGAAAUUUAAUAAGUUGUAAAGAUAGAAAGAUUAAUGGUUACCAUUAUAGACCUUAACUAGAAAUAAUCCUAGUAAUAAAAAUCUAGGUAAAUAUGACAAUUCUGUCUAGAAUAUUAUUAUAUCUAUAAAAACAGUUGGAUAAGGGGAUUUUUAUACUUGAACUAUUUUUGGUAGGUUUGAUUUAUUUAUUGUUUGUGUGCUUGGAAUCUUUGUUAUUUCUAUUAUGGUAGUAAAAUUGAUAACUUCUUUAGAGCCUUCAACUUUGGAGUCUCAUGCAAUUAAUGUUUUGGAGAAAAUAUAACUUAGAGAAUUUAAGGUUAAACCAGCUCCAAUGGUAAUUAUGUAUUCUUUAAGGAUUGUAGUUUCAUUAAAGUAUAAAUAUAUUUGAUAUUAAAUAGGAAAGGAAAUUUAACAAGUGUUUAUUCAAAUAUUUGAUUCUAAAUUUAAGAUAUAAUUAAAAUGAAUUUAAAAUAAAUAAAAGAUAAUAUAGAAAUAAAUAAGAUGAAUACAAUAUGAACCAAGAAAUUACUAAUUAGUCUAUUAAGUUCUGAUUUUACAAGAGCAAUAGAAAAAUAAAUAUUUAUAUUUGCUUGAAAUGCAAAUAUUUUGAAUAAAUUACUAUAAGAGACUAAGUAAUUUUAAGUGCGAUUUUUUUAUAUUUAUAUUAAUUAAUUAUAAAAUGAUAAUAAGUUUUCAGAAUGUAAAAAUAAAAUAUUUGAACCAGCAUAAAUAGAUGUUAAUAGAAUACCUAGAUUUCAAUUAUAAUCCUAAUUUCUAUCUAAAAAAAUAAUCCUAUACAAAUUAUGUGUCAUCAAAAUAUUUUGUUUAAAAAGGUAGUUCAUUAUUAGAUCUUUUGUCUUUAAAAAUAUUAAAAAUGACAUUACCUAACAGCACUAUGAAAUAGUAAUUAAAUAUGAAACUGAUUCCAUUAUUUUGAGAUUAGAAGAAAUGAUUGUCAAUAUAAAUAAUACAUUUAAUUAAAUCUUAUAUAAAAAUUUAUAUUUAUAAAAUAAAAUAUAUAUUGAAUUUAUUUAUAGAUAAGUCUGAAUCUUGGGAAUUAAAUUAAAUCCUAAAUUCACUAUUAGAUUAUUAAACCUAGAAUGAACUUGAAAAAUUAAUAGAAAGUGGAAGUUUUGCUUUUAUUAUAUUAUUAUAUUAUUAAAUAAUUAUUCAAUUUUAUUUUACUGUAAAAGAAAAACAAAUGGAAUUAAAUUAGCAACUAAAGCAUUUUUUUAAGAAAUGCUAAUUCAGAAAGAUCCUGAUUAAUGGAGAGUAUUUAAAUAUACAUAUAUAUAGGAGUAAUUGA